UUUAAGUGUUAAAACUGUUAUCACUUUAUUAAAACUAGGAAGUGAGCGAUGGAAAAACUCCACAAAAUAUAAUUUAUCGACGAAGGUACAUUGCCAACGCAAGAAUUUAUAAUAAACAAAACUGAUAAUAACAGUUAAAAAGAUAUCACAACGCUGAAUUUAACUGAUUUAAAUAUGUUACCCUGGAGAAAGUUAUGAUGGAUUUAUCGUGUUACUUUCGAGAUGUUGCUCUAUUUAUCUAUUAAUUGAUUUUUAUCUAUUAAAUGAUGAUUAGUAAAUGAUUUAUCAUAUUUAUAUUUGAAUUAAUUUUUACUGAACAAAAAGGCAAAUAGCAAAUUACAACUCUAAAAGUGUAUGUGUGUGCGUGUUUUGGAUUCAACAUAUAAUAUGGCUAAUACGACGGAAAUGGACGCGUCAGAAGUUAAAGAAACAGUUCCACAAAGUGGUUAUGAUCUUCCAGUUUAUGGAUUAGAAAAUGAAACAUUUUAUUUUAUUCACAUACCAGCAAUUGUGUGCAUAACGUGCAGUUUUGUAUGUGCGUCCAUUGCAAUAAUAUUGUCAUUCAGACGACAAUCUUACCAUACCUUCUUCACUAAAUGGUCGAAGAGUGACAGGUUCAUUGUGUAUCUGGCAAUAUGUGAUGGUGCGUUUAAUGUGUCACAUUUUACAGAUCAUUUACAUAUUCUCAUCGUCAGAAACCAUGUUUACCCGAAAGAACUUUGCGAAUUUUAUGGAUUCAAUCUUGCAGUGUUUAUAACUGCACAAAACCUCAUGGUGAACAUAGUGGCAAUUAAUGCAUUUAUGCUGAUGUAUUUUGACAAAAACUUGAACUUCGGAUCACGUGACUGGAGACUUUUACUAUGGACAUUUGGUGCUCCGUUUCUUGGAGCGACUAUUGCUGCAAUAGCUGGCCAGCUUGGUCCUAAUGGAACUUUUUGCUAUUUUGACGGAAUUAAAGGAAAGAUUGCAAACAUCUUAUUUACAACGGUACCUUUAUUGUUGGUUCUAAUGGCAAAUACAGUACUAUACAUAUUGACGUGGAAACGAAUUCACGACCAGGGAGAAGCUGUAAAGAAGUCAUUGAGUGGCAUGUCUGCGGCGAUGCGCGCUUCACACCGUGCUGCACGAGCAAUGUCUUUGUUUGUAGCUGCAUUCUUGAUACAAUGGUGGGCGAUGGGAUUAUAUGGCAUAUGGGCACUAGUAGAUGACGAACACGUUCCUCAAGCGUUAUUUCACCUUGUGACGACGUUCUCAAAUAUAGGUGGUUGUUUGAACCUUGCAGUAUAUUGUUUAAUUAGGAGACGUCAUCUCGGACAAGGGGAACAUCUGUCUCAUGACAAACUUUCAAGAGACAGCGAUGGUAGGAAGAGACCACAUAGUACCCUGACAUCAGUCGACACCUUUGGGUCUUCUAGAAACGUAUCUUUAAGUCAAAUUCCGGGUGCGGAAAAUUACCUGUCACCUAACGAUGCCACUAAGGGUAGUAAUGGUACCGCACAAAUUUGAAGUUCACAAAUUUCAUACACGUUAUUACGACUAUGAAGUGCUUAAAACUGGAUAAAAUCCUGCUACUGUUUAAAUAUUUAUGAACUAUCUAAUUACAGUGGUAUUAACCUUGCAUUUCUAAGGAAGCGGGUUCGAGUGCAGCUAUCGAUAAAGAUUUUUUGUGUGUUUUUGUUGUAAUAUUUUUAAAGUGUUAUAAAAUUGUAUAAAUCUAAAUUCUCAGGAUUCUCAGCAAGUACCGAGUAUAGUUUGAUAAAGAUUGUUACCACCUAACUAAACAUCACAAUUGUUCAUUUCACUCAGUAUAAUUUGUUAUAAUUAAAGAACAAACCACAGAUCUAAUGACCUUAUAAUGAAGUUACAGUUAUUAGAACGAUGGUAUUACUAAUUUUCUUCUGUACUAGUGUUAAAAUAUACCAGUAAGGAAAUAAAGAGGCAAACGAGUGAUCAGGAGUGAUUUUAUGCGAUUAAUGCGGCUUUAAUUAUCUGUAUCCCUAUAAGAAAUUAUUUUCGUUAUACAAUUUUUUAUUGCCAAUUUGCUUCUACAAGUAAUGACGUAACCGAAAAUUGAAGCCAAAUUGAAUAUUUAUUUCUUUACCGGUGGACAUUUAUUUCUGGGUUUUAUUGUAACUUGUUGAGCUAUGUUAAGUAUCUAUACCUCAAUCACAAAUGACAAACGGUCGCCGGGCGGCGUCUAUAUCUAAAAAAAAUCAUAAUAUCGACCGGUGUCCGUCCAGCCACCCAUUCGGAACUGCCUCGGCUAUUAUCUAUAAUAACCUCGGAAACAAUACGGAUUGAAAGUAGUUCUACCAGAUAAUGUAAAACGAAUGUAUAUAUUUGACAUCUAAUGUCUGUUCCGGUAACUCUUGUGCUUGAAAAUAUGUCUGACAACAAUUUGCAAUUUAAAUAUGCCCACUGAUGUUCAAUUUCAAACAAAUCCGACUAAAUGUCAACAGGUUGGUUUUUUGUACUUUCGGUUUCUACAACCAUUAUGCUAAAUAUAUAAAUAAUGUAUUGUUUGCUUUUGUACCUAUGAAUUUACUUAUUGUAGGUGUACUGUUAAUACAUAUAUUAAAAAUAAACUUGUCAACAACUCCCAGCAGUAAAUGACUAUUUGUUAAAUGUUUAGUUUCUUAGCGUAGGUUAGACCGAAAUACCGCAUCCGUUCUGUGUAUUCAUACUAUUGUGUUCGAGGUCCUUAUCCGAAGACUGACGGAAAGGGCCGAGUAGUUGCGAUUGCCAGCCACCGUGACAAUCGGACGGCAGCGGCUGAAAAUUUUCCUCAUCUGGCGGGCGGCGUCGAGUUUUAAGUACUACUUAAAAGCUAAAUGACGGUGUCCGGACGAUAAUUUUUGGGGUCAGUGAGUUGAAAAAGUCAUCUGGGGGGAUAACCCGGUCGCCGGGCGGUUUUUGGAUCGGACGAUUGUAUUUGAUACACAUAGUUGUGAUAAAAAUGUUCUACUAAGAUUAUCUUUAUUUUGUAAAAACAUUAUGCUAAAAUUUAGAUAACUAAUACUUCUCAUUCUCCGUUCCCAUUUGUUACAAUAUAAAAUACAUGUUGUAUUGAAUUCAGUACUUGAAAUGAACAAUAUGAUCUCCCUUUUGUUUAUUUAGCUAGUCAUAAUUGUAUUUUUAUAUUGUGAUAUUAGUGAUUUUUGACUGUUAUUUUUCUGUUUGUUUGUUUGUUAUAACCAGUUGCAUAUUAUAUGCCUUGGUUUAAUAAAAACUGAAACUGAAACAAAAAACACCGUCCGAUUUUAAAGGUAAACCGGGCGGUUUUUUGUAUUUGCCUUAAAUGUAUCUGUGAAUUCUUUUGAAUUUAACAUGAACUGUACGGCCGCGCGUUGAACGUCUACGCGGAUUAUUAUUAAGGAAAAGGCAAACUACAAUUAUUGCAUUAUCUUCUUGGCCUCCAUCUUGUCACUCUCAACUGCCUUCUUUGCUAGCAUAUUGACCACUGACUGAUAAGCCUUUACCACCCGGCGCCCAUGCGGCGACCAUCCGAUCCAUUUAUAAAUCGCACAGACGCCGUGAGGACAUCGGGCGGCGACCGCCCGGUCUAUGAAUGCUUUUUGUAACAUCAAUCCGCUAAAAAAUCGCCCGGCGACAGUUUCAUGCAUGACCACGCAAGUUAUGAGAUUUAAAAUCAGCCGGCGUUUGCAAAAUCGUCAAAGCCGCCGAUGUUGUAAAUUUUAAAAUCGGCAGCAGGCCGUUUUAUUUGUGACCUAGGCAUUCAUUAUUCAAUGACUGUAUAUCAGUAUGCAAUUGACAAGUUAAUAAAAUUGCAAUAUAUCAGAAUGGCCACAUUAUCAGUCUAUGAAAGGUUACUUUUUCUCAUAGUAUUAUGUAAAUGUCUUUAUCUUUCAAAAGAAAUAAAAGGAAGCAGCUUUUAAGAGGUGAAAUAAUUUUGAACACCGUAUUACAUAUAUUAAGUAGCCUGGUGGGUUCUUAAAAUAUUCUUAUAAGAAAUGGUCCCGAAACAUUCCUUUAAACUUAUUCAAAAGAUGAUUACUCUGUUGUAUAAAAUAUACAUCUAAGAUUGUUAUUUGUACGGAUAUCAUAUUUUUCCAAAAAGGUAUAUGUCAGUCGUUGGGUCGUCUAUGCGGAAAUGGGGAAAAUCAAUAGAGUUAUCUGACCACUAUGUCUCUGAAGACAAGAGUAACGUUCUCUUAUGGGUUUGCGGAGUUUUAUCUAUUUUGAAAUUUAAUAACAAAUGCACAUAUAUCAAAAUUCCUAGGUCUGCAUAAUUUGCAAUACAUCUGAAAACUUAUGCAAUAGUAGAAAAUCAUCAUUACAAAAGGAAACAUAUCUAAUAUUCAUACCAAAGCUGAGAUUUCGUGACAUAAGCAAAUGAAGUAUUCUGGUGAAAUGGGGAAACAUUGAUGAAUUACUUAUGUAGAAUCGUUGGAUUUAAAUUAUCAUUGGUUGUAUCAGGUACAUUUUUAUGUCUUUUAUCGAAUAUGCUUGCCUGUUUGUUAGAUCAUAUAUUCCGGUGAUAUGUGUAUUGGUUUGACAGGAGACGUUGCAUUCCUUGUGUUUAAUUAUUAUAUAUAUUUGACGUUAAUUUUUAAUUGUCAGAUUAUAAAGCUCCAAAGCAAAAAAGACACACACUAAAAACACAAAAGGGAAAAAAACCACAGAGCCAUUACACAACCUGAUCCUCAGUUCAUAUUGAGGUAAACAGAUAAUGCAUCUAGCUUUAGUCUAUGUUUGACAGAGGCUUGUUUGUUUUGUAGACUGAUAACUCUUAUAGACGAAAGUAGACGCAAAAGUAUUGAAACUAUUGUCGUUUUUAAACUCGAACUAAAUCUUGUAAAAUAAUCUUUACUUCUGAGUUUCCAAUUAAUUUCCAAAAUUUGUAGCGGAAAUCCAAUAUCUGAACAUGUAAAGUAAUGUAAAGUAACAUUGCGUCUGCUUAAUUAUAAUACUGGGGCAGAGGACAUAUUCGAACUAUGGCCCGUAAAAUAUAUUAAUAACACAGACAUGGUGUUUUGGAGGUACUGAAAACUGUUGAUGUUUCUCUGUUAAAUUGUUUUUUGUUUAUGCUUAGAAAAUUAUCAAUAUUUAUGUAUUUGUGACUCUUAGGUUGAAACCCGAUCACUGACACUUGGCGUCAAACAAGUAAGAAACUUAGUAUUAAUUUUCUAAAAAAAAUUAAAAUCUAAACUUGUCACUGACAAUUAAUUUGGUAUUUUUGAAAUCGCAAUUGAUUGCACUGUGGGUUAGUGAUAUUUUUAGAUAUCAGGCGAUUUCUGGACUAUCAUGUACCUUAAUGAAGAUGCCCCAUAAUAGUAUAUUAUAGGUGUGAUUUUGGGAGUAAAUACACAUUGCCGUCAAACUUUGUUUUUAUGAGCAAUGCAUGCAAACUGUUAUUUUGUUCAAUAUAAUUAUGUCUUAUAUCAUUAAAUGUAUGUCUUGUAUCAUUUAAUUAAACUGUGUAACUGGU